UGCAUAGGGCUGAGACAUCAAAGUCUAGGCAAACAUGACUUCUAGUUCUGACGCAUCGUGAGCUCGAUAGACAUCUGCGAAGCUCCCCUAGGUAAUCAAUUGCUGUUAUCGAUGAGAUCGAUGCAGUCAUCUUGACUUUCCUGACACCAUCUGGCGGUGAUGUUUCAGAUUACUCGAUGUUUGCGGUUCGCCUUAUUGUUGUCGAAACUACAGACCCGAGCUUGUGAUCAUGAAGCAGUUGCGAUCGAGACGGCCGAGAACCAUAAUGUAGAUCGAGGUUACAUAGCAGCGUGGUCAGACUCGACUGUGCCACGGGAAUGUAACUGUUCGUGCCGGGGCAUCUCAUACCGGACUGCCUCUUUUGGUCCAGCAGCCGUCGAUGGGAAAUUGUGCAGGGUUGCCGUAUAUAUCGUUCGUGCGCGUUGCGGCACAUCGUGUGGAAAUGGGUGAGGCCCCUGAGUGCUCUGGAGUCACUGUCGCGCUGUAAAGAUCUGCAUUGAACGUGCAGACCUGCUUGAUAUCUGCGGUAUCAGUUCUUAGUCAAAAGAAACAUUCACAGACCGAGUCAGCUC